AUCUCUUCUCGGGUUUACGAAUGGCCUCCUGCCACACUAGGAAAGAGUUUACCUUUGUGAUUAUUGGAGGAGGCAUCUCUGGAGUGUCAUGUGUAGAAUACUUGUCAUCGUUAUGUUCAGAAGAAACAAUCGCUCUUAUAACAGCUACAGAUAUAGUCAAAGCGACUUGCAACCUUAAGAAGUUCGGCAGAACACUAGAGGAAUUCGAUGUAGAGGAGAGAUCAGCUUCUUUACUGUUUGAACAGAGUCCUAAUGUUGUAAGCAUACAGUCAGUUGUCGUUGGUGUUCAUCCUCAAGAGCACAGUAUUAUAACAGAGAGUGGUAACAAGUAUUACUACAAGAAGCUGUGCAUCUGUACAGGAGGAACACCCAACCUUAUUACCAGACAUCCUUGUGUUAUUGGCAUUAGAGAUACAGAGAGUGUAUUACAGUUAAAGAGUAAGCUUUCUCAGGCUCGUCGAGUAGCUAUUGUUGGAAAUGGGGGAAUAGCUUUAGAACUUGUGUAUGAGAUGUAUGAUUGCCAGGUAUUGUGGGCCAUUAAAGAUGAAACCAUUGGAAAUGCAUUCUUUGAUGAGGGAGCAGCCACUUUCUUUCUUCCCCACAUUGAAACCAACCAACAAGUUUGGAAAGAAAAAAAGAAGUUUAUGACGCAUACUGUGAAGAGAAUGAAGUAUGGUAUAGAGACUGUUGAGAAUAAUAAGCAUGAAGCCUGUUAUCAUGGAAAUCCCUCCAACACUUUGAGUGGUGGAGCUUUGGGACCUGACUGGUGUUCAGACUUCUCUCUCUGUGGUGCCAGCAGCAAAGAGAAAGGUUACAGACAGGUUCAUGUGGAAUACAAAUGUGAAUUUAAACAACUACUUAACCCUGAAGAAUUAAAAAGGUGUGGUGAGAAAGAGUCACCCUUUCCAUCAUUAAAUGACAGUUUAUUAGAUUCUGCUGAUUGGCCAGUGUAUAUCCAACUUUCAAAUGGAAAAAUAUAUGGCUGUGACUUCAUAGUAUCAGCAACAGGUGUCGUUCCAAACACACAAUCAUUUGUAUCAUGUGCUCCAUUUGACACAGCAGAGGAUGGUGGUCUAUUGGUGAACUCAAAUAUGCAAACUAAUCUUGUAGACAUUUAUGCUGCUGGGGAUGUUUGCACCUUUGGAUGGGAUCCUGCACCUCACUGGUUGCAAAUGAGAUUGUGGAGCCAGGCACGGCAAAUGGGAAUGUUUGCAGCAAAGUGUAUUGCAGCUCAUUUUUCAAAUGAAAAAAUACCUUUGGACUUCUGUUUUGAAUUGUUUACUCAUGUAACUCAGUUUUUUGGAUAUAAAGUUGUUUUGCUAGGAAAAUUUAAUGCCCAAGGACUGGGAAAUGAUUAUGAGCUACUUCUGAGAUGUGCAAAGGGUGACGAGUAUGUGAAAGUUGUUUUGCAUGAAGACAAAAUGUGUGGAGCUGUUCUUAUUGGUGAAACAGAUCUAGAGGAGACCUUUGAAAACUUAAUUUUGAAUCAGACAGAUUUAAGUGCCAUCAAAGAUAUUUUGCUUAACCCUGAAAUUGAUAUUGAAGAUUACUUUGACUAAUAUAAAUGCAUUAAAUUAUCCUAUAAUGUAAAAUUUGAGACUGUCUGGUUAUUUCAAUCCGUACAGAAAUAUUGUGUAAUAGAGUUUAUUGAUCAAUGGAACCAUCCAAGCUGUUCAUUCUAUUCAAAAUUUUCAAGAUAAUUAGUUUAUUUUUUGGCCAUUUUUCACAGAGAACUAAUGGUGAGACUGCAAAUGAUUCUGGGAGGUGGCAAGUCUACAUCAUGUAUUGAUCCCUUCUAAAAUUUUAUUGUAGCACCCCCUCCCCCUCAUUGAUUAGCCUUUAAUCUAUCUUCCAAAAUAAAGAAAUCAGGACUUGAGAGAGAUUUUCUCCAGAGGCCGUACAUUUCUUACCACCACCAUUAAAAAAAUAUAUGUGAAACUAUGACACAGCCACAGCUUUGAGAUUCCAGAGAGGCAGAUGGUUAGAACAUUAAAAAGAGACUAUUGAAGCCUAGAUGUUCGACACCUUGCAAAGCAACCAGGCUACUUUCCCAAGGACAAAUCAAGGCUUCAAAUUCUUUUUUCCAUCUCCCAGCUAUCUGCCUAAACAAAUCAAAGGACAAGGGUAUGGAAGACACUUUGGACAGCAAUCAAAACAAGCAGGCUUAAUUGCCACCACACUUUGAAAUGUACUAAUCCCUGUUUGAAAAUACAAAUUGUUGAUGAA